UUUUGAGAAACGGAAAAUUUCCGGGUUAUUUUCACGCUUGUUGGUCAAGUCCGAUAACAAUAUUGCUACUUUAUACGUACACAAAUCUCAAGAAUUAAAUACCAUUUAUGAUACGUGCAGCAAUAACGCUGCCGUUACUGUUCGGAUACAGUCAUCGGAAGUUGGAAGGAUAUCCAGAUAUCGAUGUUUUUUACGCACCAAUAGUGCCGAGGCCAACUAAUUUUGAAACAACCCGCAAACAUGUCACAGGAAUGAAGAAACCGGAGAGUCAAUAAGAGCCUAUUGCUUCACGAUCAGACAAUGAAGGCACUGCUAGUGAUGGAUAAUUUUCUUUGGUAGCAGACGUUUCAGUUGGACAUUGAGACAGUAUUCGCAAUCAUAUGCGACAAGUCCCUAGCAGGACCGAUUGGCGUGGUGGGAAAGUCCAAUCUACGACAAGAACACGACGUCGUCAAAGUGAUUCCGCUCUGCAGUGGAAGACUUCAACCUACAGAUGUUGCUAAUGUAAUAUUUAUCACAAGACCUCACUUGCAUCUCAUGGAUUUAAUCGCUGAGAAAGUUCAUGGCGAAGAAGGUACGAGGCCGGAAAAGAAGUUUCACUUAUUUUUCGUUCCCCGAAAAAGUCUGCUGUGUGAAAAAAAGCUACAAAACCGAGGAGUAUAUGGAAGUUUCACAUUAUUCGAAGAAUUUGCCUGUGAUCUAUUUCCAUUCGAUUCCGAUUUAGUGUCGAUGGAACUCAGCGGAGCAUUCAAUGAAUUCUAUUUGGAAAAUGACCCAACUUGCUUGUAUCAGGUAGCGCAAGCUAUUCAGAGCCUUCAGAGACUGUAUGGUAGAAUUCCUAAGGUCACUGGACGAGGACCAGCAGCUAACAAGGUUUGGGAAUUGAUGAAAAGGCUGCACAGAGAGGAAGAAGAUGUUAAAACAGAUGGUACUCAAACUCCGUUAAUAGAACACCUGCUGUUGUUGGAUAGAUCGGUUGAUCUACUCUCCCCUUUGGUUACCCAAUUGACUUACGAAGGUCUUAUCGACGAAAUAUUCGGCAUAAACGAUACAACCGUUGAGUUGCCUGCUGAAAAAUUUCACGAUUCUGAUGAUUCACCAACUGUCCUCCCUCUCGAUAAAAAGGAACAAAUCAUUUUAAAUUCUGGUGAAGAGCUUUUCGCAGAGAUUAGGGAUAAAAACUUCAACGGCGUAGGACCAGUACUAAGUCGCAAAGCUAAAGUCAUAUCAUCACAAUUUGAUGAGCGACACGGUGACAAAAGCGUCCAGGAAAUAAAACAGUUUGUCGCCAGGCUACCGCACAUGUUAGCGACAAAGCAGUCACUGGCAAGACAUACAACUAUAGCGGAAAUGAUCAAGGAAGUAACAGAUUCAAAUAAUUUUCUGGAGGCUUUACAGACGGAACAAGAAUUGUUGAAUUGUAUAGAAACAGACAAACCUAAUUCAUAUAUCGAGGAUAUGAUAGCUCAACAGCAACCAUUGUUGAAAGUAUUGAGACUGCUUUGUAUUCAAUCACUAACGAACUCUGGUCUGAAGCCAAAGUUACUCGAUUACUACAAAAGAGAGAUAGUACAGACUUAUGGCUAUCAACAUUUGCCGUCGUUAAUAAACCUGGAAAAAGCUGGCCUGCUUCGACCCCAACAGCCUGUAAGACAAUAUGCCGUGUUGAGGAAAGCCUUACGACUAACAGUCGAGGAUGAAAGUGAAGUCACCCCGAGGGAUAUCAGUUACGUUCAUUCUGUCUAUGCUCCUUUAAGUGUGAGGCUGGCUGAACAAUUAGUACAACCUAAUGGAUGGCAAGGAUUGAAUGAUGUAUUAGGACUAUUGCCUGGUCCUACCGUCAGCACUAAUCUUCAAACUUUGAGUUCAACCCCAGCGAGAAGAAAUUCGAUAACAAGUGAAGAUUCAACUUCCGAAUCUACGCGAUUGGUACUAGUAUUUUUUAUCGGUGGUUGUACAUAUGCUGAGAUAUCUGCAUUGCGAUUCUUGUCACUACAAGAAGAUUCCAAUGUGGAAUUCGUAGUUGGAACAACAAAACUGAUAAAUGGAAAUUCUUUUAUAACUUCACUAAUGGAAGAUUUGGAAAGGAACUGAAUCCAUAGAGUACAGUACCAUAACUAAAAAGUAUGGAUAUUUUAUUUAUUCAUGCGUAAUUUUUAUGUCUUGAAUAUACAUUUUCACCUUAUUCUGUGCUAAGUAUCGAUAAGUAAUAAGUAUAAUUUUUAUGGUACAAGUACAGUGUACACUAAGGGCGUCCCUUAGGUUGUUGACGAAUUUUUAAAAAAUUUAUUUGGGGCUUAUCUUGAACAAAUUCGUCAACACCCUAUACACGGGACACCCGAGUGUACACCUAACAUCUAUCUAAUUCACACUUACAUUUCGUAAUGUACUAUAGUACGAAGUCUUUUUCAAGAAUAAUUAUUGUAACAUUGAUCUACAUAGUUUUUGUUUACAGUUUACCUUCGAUGAA